AUGUACUCUGCACAGAACAUCUCAAGCUGGGCUCACCAGCUAACGCUGCGAGAUAAAUUUGCUAUUGUGGCUAUUCCUGCACUGGUGUACAUUUUCCUCCUUGUCGUCUACCGCAUCUGGUUCCAUCCGCUGUCCAAGUAUCCCGGACCCAAGCUACAGGCCGCCUGGUAUCUUCCUCACAUCUACCACAACUACGUUGUCGGCAACGGCCAUUUACGCGCCACGCGCCUGCACGCCCAGUACGGCCCGAUUGUCCGCAUCGGCCCCAAUCACCUCGCGGUGGACGGCUCCAUCGGAUGGCGCGACAUUUACGGCCACAAGACGGGCAAGCAAGAGUUUGACAAGUUCUUCACGCCCUUUCCAAACGCCGAGUCCAGCCUCAUCAUUGCCCCAAAGGACACGCACAGGCGCAUCCGCCGGCAGCUUGCCCACGCCUUUAGCGAUGGCGCGCUCGCCGAGCAGGAAACAGUCGUCACGCAGUACGUCGACCUCCUCAUCGACCGCCUCACGGAGCGCUGCGGAAAGACUGUCAAUAUCGUCAAGUGGUUCAACUUCACCUCGUUUGACAUUAUCGGCGAGCUUGCGUACUCGGACUCCUUUCACAGCCUCGAAAGCAACGGCUACCAUCCAUGGGUCCUGUCCAUUUUCAGUCUGAUCAAGAGCGCCGCCCUCCGAAGCUUUCUCUACAACUACCGUCUGUUAUACUACAUUGUCGAGUCUCUUCCCGUGUCCAUCUCGCCGGUUGGAGCUUUUACCACGAUUCGCGGCUAUGCCAGCGAGAAAGCGGUCGAGCGCCUGGGCGAGAGUGAAAAGGCCCGCCAAGACCAGGGUCACAAGGAUUUCAUGAGCUACAUGCUCCGCGACAAUAGAGAUGGAAACCGAGGCAUGAGCGACGUUGAAAUUGUCAGCACCACGCCGACGAUUAUUAUUGCAGGGAGCGAGACGACAGCCACUACACUAGCAGGACUCGUCUUCAAUCUCAAACACAACCCAGAGGCGCAUCAAGCAUUGCUGGAUGAAAUCCGCGGCACAUUUGCUACUGAGGAGGAAAUUAACAUGAAGAGCGCUGCCAAGCUUCAGUAUCUCCAGGCUUGCCUGCAUGAAACUCUCCGCGUCUACCCGCCGGUCCCCGAAACGACACCGCGUCACUCACCCGGCGCUCUGAUAAACGGCGACUACAUUCCCAAGGGGACGCGGCUUUCCGUCUACCAAUGGGCCACGUAUCGCAACCCAAACAACUUUACCGAUCCCGACCUGUACCGCCCCCAGCGAUGGCUGCCCGCCACGCACCCGCUGUACGAUGAACGGUACAAGAACGACAACAAGGACGUCUUUAAGCCUUUUAGCUUUGGGGCGCGCGACUGCAUCGGUAAGAAUCUGGCCAUGAACGAGCUGCGUCUCAUUGCGAGCCGUCUGCUCCAUCGCUUCGACUAUGAGCUGGCGCCCGGCCAGGACGACUGGAUGGCAUCGCAGCGGGCGUUUCUGCUGUGGGAAAAGGGAGACUUGCAUGUUACUUUAAAUAGAAGGACUUUAAAAUAG